GAGAGCGAGUGCCGGCCAGCUCACCCGGCCGCCCCGUGCCCCAGCCGCAGCCGCUGCCGCCGCGCUCUAGAGCGCAGCCCCCAAGCCGACCCUCCCCGGGCGCCGCGCCCCACAGCGUUCACCUCAGGUGCUCGCCCCAGCCCGCAACCCGGGCGGUGGGCCGACGAGGCCAGGGGCCGCUUGGCACCUGGGCGCUCCGAGAGAUGCGCAGCGGGGCAGCGUCAGCCCCGCCGAUGGAGCUGCUGUUGCUGCCGCCGCCGCCGCCCGGCGCGCCCCGCUCCGCCCGCGCCCCGUGCGCCUGAGCGCCGAGCUCGCCCCUCCUCCGCGCCAACUCCGCCGCCCGCUCCCCAGGCCGCCCGCGCUCUCCGCGCGCCUCCUCGGGCUCCACGCGCCUUGCCCCGCCGCGCCAGCCUUCUCCAGGCGCGGGCCCCUGCACACCAUGGCCCCCGGGCGGACAGGGGCCGGCGCCGCCGUGCGCGCCCGCCUGGCGCUGGCCUUGGCGCUGGCGAGCGUCCUGAGCGGGCCCCCCGCUGCCGCCUGCCCCACCAAGUGUACCUGCUCAGCCGCCAGCGUGGACUGCCACGGGCUGGGCCUCCGGGCGGUUCCCCGGGGCAUCCCCCGCAACGCCGAGCGCCUUGACCUGGACCGAAAUAAUAUAACCAGGAUCACCAAGACGGACUUUGCUGGACUGAAGAACCUCCGCGUCUUGCAUCUGGAAGACAACCAGGUCAGCGUCAUUGAGAGAGGCGCCUUCCAGGAUCUAAAGCAGCUGGAGCGACUGCGUCUGAACAAGAAUAAGCUCCAAGUCCUCCCAGAAUUGCUUUUCCAGAGCAAUCCGAAGCUCACCAGACUAGAUCUGAGCGAGAACCAGAUCCAGGGGAUCCCAAGGAAGGCGUUCCGAGGCAUUGCUGACGUGAAGAACCUGCAACUGGACAACAAUCACAUCAGCUGCAUUGAAGAUGGAGCCUUCCGGGCGCUGCGCGAUUUGGAGAUCCUCACCCUCAACAACAACAACAUUAGCCGCAUCCUGGUCACCAGUUUCAACCACAUGCCGAAGAUUCGAACUCUGCGCCUCCACUCCAACCACCUGUACUGUGACUGCCACCUGGCCUGGCUCUCAGAUUGGCUGCGACAGCGGCGGACAAUUGGCCAGUUUACACUCUGCAUGGCUCCCGUGCACCUGAGGGGCUUCAAUGUGGCAGAUGUUCAGAAGAAAGAGUAUGUGUGCCCAGCCCCCCACUCGGAGCCUCCAUCCUGCAAUGCCAACUCGCUCUCCUGUCCAUCAGCCUGCACCUGCAGUAAUAACAUUGUGGACUGUCGAGCAAAGGGCCUCACGGAGAUCCCCGCCAACUUGCCAGAGGGUGUCGUCGAAAUACGCCUUGAACAGAACUCGAUCAGAUCCAUCCCUGCCGGAGCCUUCAGCCCGUACAAGAAGCUGAAGAGAAUAGACAUCAGCAAGAAUCAGAUAUCGGACAUUGCUGCAGAUGCCUUCCAGGGCCUGAAGUCACUCACGUCGCUGGUGCUCUAUGGGAACAAGAUCACUGAGAUUGCCAAGGGCCUGUUCGAUGGGCUGGUGUCCCUGCAACUGCUCCUCCUCAAUGCCAACAAGAUCAACUGCCUGCGAGUGAGCACAUUUCAGGACCUGCAGAACCUCAACCUGCUCUCACUGUACGACAACAAGCUGCAGACCAUCAGCAAGGGACUGUUCGCUCCUCUGCAGUCGAUCCAGACACUCCACUUAGCCCAGAACCCGUUUGUGUGUGACUGUCACUUGAAGUGGCUGGCUGACUACCUCCAGGACAACCCCAUCGAGACAAGCGGGGCCCGCUGCAGCAGCCCGCGCCGGCUCGCCAACAAGCGCAUCAGCCAGAUCAAGAGCAAGAAGUUCCGCUGCUCAGGCUCUGAAGAUUACCGCAGCAGGUUCAGCAGCGAGUGCUUCAUGGACCUGGUAUGCCCCGAGAAGUGCCGCUGCGAAGGCACCAUUGUGGACUGCUCCAACCAGAAGCUGACCCGCAUCCCGAACCAUCUCCCUGAAUACGUCACUGAUCUGAGGUUGAAUGACAACGAGAUCUCUGUCCUGGAAGCCACUGGCAUCUUUAAGAAGUUGCCCAACCUGCGGAAAAUAAACCUGAGCAACAAUAAGAUCAAGGAGAUGCGCGAGGGCACCUUUGACGGAGCAGCCGGCGUGCAGGAGCUGCUGCUGACAGCCAACCAGCUGGAGAACGUGCAUGGGCGCAUGUUCCGAGGCCUCACCGGCCUCAAGACCUUGAUGCUACGGAGUAACUUAAUCAGCUGUGUGAGCAAUGACACCUUUGCUGGCCUGAGCUCCGUGAGGCUGCUGUCCCUCUAUGACAACCGGAUCACCACCAUCAUGCCCGGGGCCUUCACCACGCUGGUCUCCCUGUCCACCAUAAACCUCCUGUCCAACCCCUUCAACUGCAAUUGCCACCUGGCCUGGCUCGGCAAGUGGUUGAGGAAGAGGCGGAUCGUCAGUGGGAACCCCCGGUGCCAGAAGCCCUUCUUCCUAAAGGAGAUUCCCAUCCAGGACGUGGCCAUCCAGGACUUCACAUGCGAGGGCAAUGACGAGAGCAGCUGCCAGCUGAGCCCACGCUGCCCGGAACAGUGCACCUGCAUGGAGACGGUGGUACGAUGCAGCAACAGGGGGCUCCGUACCCUCCCCAAAGGCAUGCCCAAGGAUGUCACCGAGCUGUACCUGGAAGGAAACCACUUAACAGCUGUGCCCAAAGAGCUGUCUGCCCUCCGACACCUGACUCUGAUUGACCUCAGCAACAACAGCAUCAGUAUGCUGACCAACUACACCUUCAGUAACAUGUCUCACCUCUCCACUCUGAUCCUGAGCUACAACCGGCUACGCUGCAUCCCCAUCCAUGCCUUCAAUGGGCUGCGGUCUCUCCGAGUGCUAACCCUCCAUGGCAACGACAUUUCCAGCGUUCCCGAAGGUUCCUUCAAUGACCUCACAUCUCUUUCUCAUCUGGCACUGGGCACCAACCCCCUGCACUGUGACUGUAGUCUGCGGUGGCUGUCCGAGUGGGUGAAGGCGGGGUACAAGGAGCCGGGCAUCGCCCGCUGCAGUAGCCCUGAGCCCAUGGCAGACCGGCUCCUACUCACCACCCCCACCCACCGAUUCCAGUGCAAAGGGCCAGUAGACAUCAACAUUAUGGCCAAGUGCAACGCCUGCCUCUCCAGUCCAUGCAAGAACAAUGGAACAUGCAGCCCAGAUUCCGUGGAGCUGUACCGCUGCACCUGCCCCUACAGCUACAAGGGCAAAGACUGCACCGUGCCCAUCAACACCUGCAUCCAGAGCCCCUGUCUGCACGGAGGCACCUGCCACCUGAGUGAGAGCCACAAGGAUGGAUUCAGCUGUUCCUGUCCCAUGGGCUUUGAGGGGCAACGGUGUGAGAUCAACCCAGAUGACUGCGAGGACAAUGACUGUGAAAACAACGCCACCUGUGUGGAUGGCAUCAACAACUACGUGUGUGUCUGCCCCCCUAACUACACAGGUGAACUGUGUGACGAGGUGAUUGACCACUGUGCACCAGGGAUGAACCUCUGUCAGCACGAGGCCAAGUGCAUCUCCCUGGACAAAGGAUUCAGGUGUGACUGUCUCCCCGGCUACAGCGGAAAGCUCUGCGAGACAGACGACGAUGACUGCGUGGCCCACAAGUGCCGCCAUGGGGCCCAGUGCGUGGAUGCGGUGAACGGCUACACCUGUAUCUGCCCCCAGGGCUUCAGCGGGCUCUUCUGCGAGCACCCCCCACCCAUGGUCCUGCUGCAGACCAGCCCCUGUGACCAGUACGAGUGCCAGAACGGAGCCCAGUGCGUCGUGGUUCAGCAGGAGCCCACGUGCCGCUGUCCGCCUGGCUUCGCCGGCCCCAGGUGCGAGAAGCUCAUCACCGUCAACUUCGUGGGCAAGGACUCGUACGUGGAACUGGCCUCCGCAAAGGUCCGGCCCCAGGCCAACAUCUCUCUACAGGUGGCCACUGACAAGGACAAUGGCAUCCUGCUCUACAAGGGAGACAAUGACCCCCUGGCACUGGAGCUGUACCAGGGCCACGUGAGGCUGGUUUACGACACGCUGAGUUCACCUCCAACCACGGUGUACAGCGUGGAGACGGUGAACGACGGGCAGUUCCACAGCGUGGAGCUGGUGAUGCUGAAUCAGACCCUGAACCUGGUGGUGGACAAAGGAGCCCCCAAGAGCCUGGGCAAGCUCCAGAAGCAGCCAGCAGUGGGUACCAACAGUCCUCUCUACCUUGGAGGUAUCCCCACCUCCACCGGCCUCUCCGCCUUGCGCCAGGGUGCUGACCGGCCACUGGGCGGCUUCCACGGCUGCAUCCAUGAGGUGCGCAUCAACAACGAACUGCAGGACUUCAAGGCCCUCCCGCCACAGUCGCUGGGAGUCUCGCCGGGCUGCAAGUCCUGCACUGUGUGCAAGCACGGUCUGUGUCGCUCCGUGGAGAAGGACAGUGUGGUGUGUGAGUGCCACCCUGGCUGGACAGGCCCUCUCUGCGACCAGGAGGCCCAGGACCCCUGCCUCAGCCACAGCUGCAGCCAUGGAAAGUGUGUGGCGACUGGGACGUCAUACGUGUGCAAGUGUGCCGAGGGCUACGGAGGUACUUUGUGUGACCUCAAGAAUGACUCUGCCAACGCCUGCUCGGCCUUCAAGUGUCACCAUGGGCAGUGCCACAUCUCUGACCGAGGAGAGCCCCACUGCUCGUGCCAGCCCGGCUUCAGCGGGGAGCACUGUGAACAAGAGAACCCGUGCCUCGGGGAGGUAGUGCGAGAGGUGAUUCGGCGCCAGAAGGGUUACGCGUCAUGUGCCACAGCCUCUAAGGUGCCCAGAAUGGUAUGUCGCGGGGGCUGCGGCUCCCAGUGCUGCCAGGCCACCCGCAGCAAGCGGCGGAAAUACGUCUUCCAGUGCACGGACGGCUCCUCAUUUGUGGAAGAGGUGGAGAGACACUUAGAGUGUGGCUGUCACGUGUGUUCCUAAGCCUCUGCCCGCGGCCUCUCGGACUCCAGCUUGGUGAGGCUGGGGACAGCCGUGUGGGAUCCCACCCCGAGACUGGGAGUGACGGAGAGCGAGCCGGAGAGAAAGCAAAGAAGAGAAUAUUAAGUAUAUUGUAAAAUAAACAAAAAAUAGAACUUAUUUUUAUUAUGGAAAGUGACUAUUUUCAUCUUUUAUUAUAUAAAUAUAUCACAUCAUCUGAGUAUAUGUACCAUAUAGUGAGCUAUUUUUACCGCGUUGUUUUUGUGUUGUGUAUUUGUUGUGUUUUUAUAAACAGUUGUUAAAGAUUCUAAGACAAAAAAGGACUAAUAAAAAUGUUCUAAAACAAAA